CUUGGCGCAUGCGCGGAGCAGUGGCGGUCGGACCGCUCUCAGCCCUGAGGGGUGGCCAUGGCCGGGCAGCUAGAGUCGGUGCCCGCGGUGGAGAUCGAUCCGGACGGCACGUUCAAGUACAUCCUGGUGCGGGUGCAGCGCGUGGGGGGAGCCGAGCACCGGGACGUCGUCAGGGGCACCGCGGCCGCCGAGUUCCACAAUCAUAUAUUUGAAAAAGUAAACCCUGAAAUGGAAAAGUUGGGCUUUGAAUGCAAGUGCCUUGGAGGAGGAAAAAUUGACCAUAAUAGCAAAGACAAGAAAAUGAGGGUAUUUGGUCUCUCCACAGGAUAUGGUAAAGCAGAUCAUGCAGUGACCGUAGAAAUACUGAAAAAAGUAUACCAAGACUAUGAAAUUACUUGGUCAGAUGACAAGAAAUGAAAAACUACUCUGGAAUCUGAAAUACAAAUCAGUUUGCACUCUAGCUGUUGAUAUAGUAUUGAAGUCUACAUUGUGUUCAAAUAAAUCACUGUUAGCUUUA